AUGCCGAGGGCCACCAGUGAUGCGAAGCUUCUGAUCCAGUCCCUUGGCAAGGCGUAUGCUGCCACACCAACAAAUCUCAAGAUUAUUGACCUCUAUGUGGUUUUUGCGGUUGCCACUGCCCUUAUUCAGGUUGCUUACAUGGGACUGGUUGGGUCGUUUCCCUUCAACUCCUUCCUCUCUGGAGUCCUUUCAUGCAUAGGAACUGCAGUUCUUGCUGUUUGCCUCCGCAUUCAAGUGAACAAAGACAACAAAGAAUUUAAGGAUCUUCCCCCAGAAAGGGCCUUUGCUGACUUCGUCCUGUGCAACCUGGUGCUCCACCUGGUGAUCAUGAACUUCCUCGGAUAA